AAAAAAUCUGAAAAAAAUAUUAAUCCGUGAAGUUUUUAUAACAGUUUUUGGACAUAGACGUUUUCCGCUAAGGAUAGAGGGUGGUGGUAAAAAAAUGUCAGGAAAGCGGAAAACCUGGGUCAAUGACCUGGCAAUUGACCUUGGAUUUUACCGGCUCAGCUUGGCUCGACUUUGAUGUGAACAGGAAUGCCACGUCGACACGGGUUUUUCUCUCUGGCAUUGAUGUAUCUGCCUGUUACAUUCUGAUUCUCUCUUAAGGGCAGAGAUUUUUGUUUUCAAUUAAACAAAUAAAACAUGUUCUUACAUGAUCGUUAAUGGACGCACAUAUGUGAAUUAGACCCAUGUCAUAUUUUGAAAAUUGCCCCGGAAUGCAGGUGCAACUGUGAUUUUAUACAGCUUGUAUAGCGAAAUCCCACACUUUUUUUCAUACCAGUGCGCUGGCAAGACCGUUUGGCAGCAUAUAUCGGGCCCUGUGUACUUGUGCUAUACUUAAAUAUGUAGUGAUAAAACAAGUCUCACAGCGGGAGGUCGACCCGGGAUUUUCGACGUGAAAGGGUUAUUUGUUACAAAAAAUGUGCCAUAUCCACUAACACAGCUAAAUGAAGAGUAAAAUUUUGCUCACUAAGGUUGCCUGAGGGCUAAAAUAAAUAUAACAUUGGCGGGAAAUACAUAAAUCAGUUAUUUGUUUCUCAUCAGUUCUUUCUGUUCUUGACGUGAGUUUUUUUUACACGCAUACACACAGCUGAGAGUUUGAGAGAGUUGAUCAUCCAGAGACUAACUGCUGCUCUUGAAGAAAUAUUUGGACUCUUUGAAAGAACUGUCAUCCAGUAUGAGGAAGAGAUUGAUCACUGACGCAGACUUCAGGAUAACACCUGGAAAACCGAGACAAAGUUACACAGAAUAGACCUUCCACAGCAACAUGUCUGCACAACGGAGAUGAACUCCAGUCUGAACCAUGAGGAAUGUGCACAAAUGAAAGAGGAAGAGGAGGAACAAGAUCCUCCACAUAUGAAAGUGGAACAGAUGGAACAAGAUCCUCCUCAGAUUAAAGAGGAAGAGGAGGAACCUGAACCUCCACAGAUUAAAGAGGAAGAGGAGGAACCUGAACCUCCACAGAUUAAAGAGGAAGAGGAGGAACCAGAACCUCCACAGAUUAAAGAGGAAGAGGAGGUACCAGAACCUCCACAGAUUAAAGAGGAACAGGAGGAAACAGAUCCUCCACAGAUUAAAGAGGAACAGGAGGAAACAGAUCCUCCACGGAUUAAAAAGGAACAGGAUGAACUCUGCAUUAGUCAGCAGGGAGAUUAUAUUGUUCUUGUUCUGGAGACCGAUUCCUUUAUGGAGACUCCUACUGAUGAGGAAAGUGAGCAUAAUGAAUCAAAACCAAACAGUGACCAGCUCCUCUCUUACAACUCUCCUGUAGCCAAGAGUCCAGAUCAGGGAGGAAACAAGCAAGUAGACUCAGGAUCAAGUAAAAAUGCAGAACUGAAUCCAAACAAGAGACGUCAGAGGGACACAAGUCACAGGAACAAUGUAGAAAAUUCUCCCAGGUCGGAGAGUCAAUGUGAUACUGACACAGGUAGGUCUUUCACAUGUGGCGUCUGUGGAAAAGGCUUCAGGUUAAAGUGCAAUAUGAAGAAACAUUACAGAAUCCACACAAGGGAGAAACCUUAUAGUUGCACAAUGUGCGGAAAGAGUUUCAGUGCCAGGGGUAAUUUCAACGUCCACAUGAAGUCUCACACAGUGGAGAAACCGUAUUCUUGUGAAAUUUGUGGUAAACGCUUCGAUCGAAGCUCUUAUUUAUCUGUGCACUUAAGGACUCACACAGGUGAGAAGCCCUUCCCUUGUGAAAUGUGUGGUAAAACCUUCCAAACGAGAUCUAACUUAAGUCUCCACAUGAUGAUUCAUUCAGGUGAGAAGCCGUAUUCUUGCGAAACAUGUGAAAAAACCUUCAAAACAAAGGGUGAAUUAACUAUCCACAUGAUGAUUCACACAGGUGAGAAACCGUAUUCUUGUGAAAUAUGUGGUAAAACCUUCAGGCAAAAAGGUCAAUUAGUUGUCCACAUGAGGUUUCAUGCAGGUGAGAAGCCGUAUUCUUGUGAAAUGUGUGGUAAAAUCUUCAGUCAAAGAUCUCAUGCAGUGGACCACAUGAGGAUUCACUCAGGUGAAAAGCCGUAUCCUUGUGAAAUGUGUGGUAAAACCUUCAAAGCAAGAUCUGAGUUAAAGAUCCACAUGAGGACUCACUCAGAUGAGAAGCCGUACUCUUGUGAAAUGUGUGGUAAAACCUUCAAAACAAAAUUUACAUUAACUACCCACACAAGGAUUCACACAGGUGUGAAGCCGUAUUCUUGUGAAAUGUGUGGGAAAACCUUCAGUCAAGCAUCUCAUGCAGUGGAACACAUGAGGAUUCACACAGAUGAGAGGCCGUAUCCUUGUGAAAUGUGUGGUAAAUCUUUCAAAACAACAUCUGCUUUAAAGGUCCACAUGAGGAUUCACACAAGUGAGAAGCCGUAUCCUUGUGAAACAUGUGGUAAAACAUUCAGGCAACAAAUUCAAUUAACAGUCCACAUGAGAAUUCAUGCAGAUGUGAAGCCACAUUCUUGUGAAAUGUGUGGUAAAGCCUUUAGGGCAAGAUGUAAAUUAAAUCUCCACAUGAGGACUCACACAGGUGUGAAGCCAUAUUCUUGUGAAAUGUGUGGGAAAGUCUUUAGCGAAAGAUAUAAAUUAAAUCUACACAUGAGGACUCACACAGGUGUGAAGCCAUAUUCUUGUGAAAUGUGUGGGAAAGUCUUUAGCGAAAGAUAUAAAUUAAAUCUCCACAUGAGGACUCACACAGGUGUGAAGCCAUAUUCUUGUGAAAUGUGUGGGAAAGUCUUUAGCGAAAGAUAUAAAUUAAAUCUCCACAUCAGGACUCACACAGUUGAUGGGUCGUCUACUUCAAAGAAAAAAAAUAAAUUCUCUGAGAAGCCUCAUCAGCAUGUCAGAAUUUGCUCAAGUUGAAUAUUGUGGCAGACAUCUGAUCUUAUUUUUACCUGAGAUGAAGUCAAAACAGAUGGAAGGAUAUAUCAGCCUCUGCCUGCUACGACCAUCUACAGGAUACGGCUGGGUACCGAACCUAGAUGUAUUUCUAGUGUCGACCCAACUUCUUUGAUUCUAUCGAAUAUCAAAAAUGAAUCAUCUUUUUGUGCUAAAUUCCAAAGAAUUUUAUUUCCAAGGAAAUGUCAAAGAAACUAAAUAUUGGCAUCUGUGAGCUGAUUUGCUGAUUUGUUGCUUUCAUUUGCUGUACAUGUGUCAAGAACUUAAGUCACUGGGGAUUGGCUUUUAAAUGUUGUAUUGACAUGAAAGUUUGUAGCAAAAGAUAUGUUCAUGUUAAUUUUGGCAGUUUUUUUUUUUAUUUGUAUCACGAGUAAAAUUGAAAAUAAAAGUUUUGUGCUGUAA